UACACCAAACGUACACACUUACAAUCUGAUCACUAGAUUUGCGGCUGCUUAUCAUCGCCUCGAACAAUGACACUUUCGGUCUUGAUCGUAUGUCUUGGUAACAUCUGCCGCUCCCCCAUGGGGGAAGCCGUUCUCAAGCACGAAGCUGAGAAGCGGGGCAUUGUAAUCAAGGUGGACAGUGCAGGCACCGGUGCUUAUCACCUCGGAAAAGAUCCUGACGAGCGCACAGUCAAAACCUGUAAGGAGCAUAAUGUUCCCAUCAAUCACUCCGCAAGGCAAGUUCAGCAGUCCGAUUUCAAGGACUUCCAAUAUAUCCUAGCGGCGGACGAGUCAAACCUCCGGAACCUCGAGGCAAUCCGGCCUCGCUCUGCCACGGCACAACUCCGUCUCUGGGGAUCUUACUUGGACAACAAGCCCAUCCCUGACCCUUACUAUGGUGGUAUCACGGGGUUCCAACGAUGCUUUGAACAGUGCACGAAUCUUUCUAACGCAUUUUUAGACGAGGUUGUGGGGAAAUAAUCGGUCUUUCGUGUUGAAAUGAUACCCGUUGUGCGAUGUAUAAGUACAAAGUAUUUACCGACCCAAGUCAAUUCGGAAAUAGAUGAAGCCAAGCGCAACUAGUUCAUCGUUGGCAUGUUAACUGAUGC